AUGGCUCCUCACGCAACAGAAAACGCCACCGACGCCACGUCCUCUUCGGGCGGCCUCGACUUCACCACCUUCUCCAAUGUGAUUGACGGCAAGCUCGCGUCGACCGAAAAGACUCGCCACGGAAUCAACCCGGCCACCGGAAAACCGAACCCUGAGGUGCCCGUUUCGACACCCGAGGACGUGGACAAGGCCGUAGCGGCGGGCAAGAAGGCGUUCAAGACAUGGGCCAAAACACCCUACGCGGAGAGGCAGAAGGCCAUGCUUGCCUUUGCAGACGCCAUGGAGAAAGAGAAGGACGGGUUUGCGAAGAUGUUGACGCAGGAGCAAGGGAAGCCACUUCAUUUUGCCUAUUUUGAGAUGGACUUCACUCUCCAGAUCAUCCGCACCAUGGCAAACCUCGAGCUCCCCACUGAAGAAAUCGUCGACGAGGCCGACCGGAAGAUCGUUGUCCGAUACACUCCGCUCGGUGUGACUGUGGGCAUUGUUCCGUGGAACUACCCUGUCUUGCUAUGCUGCUCCAAAAUUACCCCGUGCGUCGUCACAGGUAACCCCAUUAUCAUCAAGCCGUCCCCAUUCACUCCAUAUGGCGGAUUGAAGGUAGUGGAAUUGGCGCAGAGAUUCUUCCCACCAGGUGUCGUCCAAGCCGUCAGCGGAGACGACAACCUUGGUCCGUGGUUGACUUCUCAUCCCGGGCCUGCAAAGAUCAGCUUCACAGGCUCCAGCGCCACUGGUAAGAAAGUCAUGGAGUCAGCAAGCAAAACACUCAAGCGCGUUACACUGGAGCUUGGCGGCAACGAUCCUGCCAUCGUUUGUGAUGACGUUAAUGUUGACGAGGUUGCUCCCAAGAUCGCAACCCUCGCUUUCUUGAACUCUGGCCAGAUCUGCUUGGCGCUCAAACGCAUCUUUGUUCACGAGAAGAUCUUCGAGCAGUUCCGUGACAAGAUGGUCGAGUAUACCAAGACCUUGAAACUCGGCGAAGGGUUCGAGAAGGAUGUUUUCCUCGGCCCUAUUCAGAACUCUAUGCAGUAUGAACGGGUCAAGGGCUUCUUCAAUGAUAUCGAAAAGGAACAGUACAACGUUGUUGUCGGAGGCAAAAACCCUGAUGGGCCAGGCUAUUUCAUCACACCGACAAUCAUUGACCGUCCGAAGGAGAACUCAAGGCUGGUCGUUGAAGAACCGUUCGGGCCCAUCGUACCUCUCUUGAGCUUCGGCACCGACGAAGAAGCCAUCGAAAAGGCCAAUAACACCAAUUACGGUCUUGGAGCUUCCGUUUGGUCGGGCAACCUCGAACGAGCUUCGACCAUUGCCAAGGAGCUUGAAGCUGGCAACGUCUGGGUGAACACUCAUUUCGAGCUUGAUGCGAGAGCGCCUUUUGGAGGGCACAAGGAGAGUGGCAUUGGGACCGAGUUCGGUGUCGGUGGGUUGAAGUCGUACUGCAACUCGCAGACCUUGUACUUGAAGAAGUGA